AACAUAAGUUAUGCUUGACAUUAAAUGGUCAAUGUGCAAAGAGCAUAAGAUUACUUUUAGGCAAAAACACAGUUAUUAAUUUUUUGGUUUUCUGUAGUAAAUAAAUAUUGUAUUUUGUGUAAACCCAUUUAAACAUCUCCUAUUACCUUCUAAUCAUCUAAACCUACAGCAAAAUCACUGAUUUUUCGAAGCCUUUUGUGAUUUCAAUUGAUCGAAAUUAUGGAAACUAUGAGUGAAUAUUUCGAUUGUGAUGACGAGUUAAAAAUUGUAAACAGAAAAAGAGAAUAUUAUGUCUCUAAAAAGUUCAUCUGUUCAGUUGUGCCUUAUUUUGAGAAAAUGUUUUGCUGCGAUUUGUUGGAAUCCAUGGAAAACAAAGUGGAACUGAAUUUUGAUGAACAAGUCUUCAAUUCUAUCAUGGAUUGGAUUCAUUCGGAAUCGUUUACCAUUAAAGUUGAAUAUGUGAUCAAUUUUUACGAAGUAGCUGAUUAUUUGAUGAUAAAUGAUCGUUUGUUUGAACCUUGUCUCUCUUAUUUCCAUGAAAAUUUCACCAUUAGACAUCUUCCAUCUGUUUUACCGCAAGUCACUAAAGUGUCUAAAUUGAUCAGCUCAGGAUCCAUUGAAAACAUAAUCUGUCGCCAUUUCUUGUCAAUCCUCAAUACGGAAAUUUUUUUGGAUUAUCCAGUUGAAACGGUUGAAGCUAUUCUCAAAUUGGAUUUGGUGGUUUACUCAGAAUUUCAAAUAUUUGAAUCGAUCGUGAAAUGGGUCGCUAAAAAGGUUACUAGAAGAAGAUUUUUUAUGCAAUUAUUAAAUUGUGUUCGCUGGCGUUUCAUGGAUCUUAAUGAUCUACGUAGAGUGGUAAAUCAUGAAUUUGUCAAGACUUUGGCAAAUUAUAAAUCAGCUAUCACUAACACUGUCGAAUAUGAAUUCGAUCGUAGUCACCAAAGAUUCUUCAUUUCAAUUCACCAAAAAGAUGACGUAACUUUGCAAAUAAAAGUGCUUGACAAUGAUUUUCUUUGUCUUACGAUUGGUGAUUUCACUCAAGACGAUUCUAUUUCACUUGAAUUUGUCCAUGAUGAACAUACUUCAGAUAUUUUAUUUGAUUCUGGAACAAGAGGAGUUCGAAUUAAUUGGCAUAAAAAGUCAUAUCGAUGGCUCGACUUCAAAGUAGCUGGUAAAACUUACUACAGUCAAUUAUCCAAAUUCAUAGUAAUGUGCCCUACGCAACCAAGUGCCUUUGACUGUUAUUUGGAAUUCAACGAUAAAAAACUUGAUACGCCAGUCUACAGUGAUGAUUGUUUGCUCCUUGAAUCUAAUGGUAAAUUCAUUUUGAUUGGUAAAACUCAAUCCUAUCAAUGGUGGUUCGUUCUUUUUCCAGUUAGAGAUCCAUGUUAUUUCAGAAACUAUAAAGACUAUAGACAAUCUUUCCGUGCCACUGUUAUUGACAAAGCUGUUUAUAUAUUGAAAAAUGAUCUGGAAUUCAUUCAAUUCAAUAUUGAAACUAAAUACCUCAACAAGAGCAAACCGUUCAGUGACGAAAAAUUGGAUUUCAAUGAUUUAAUCUUAACUUCCCAUCAAACAGGAGACGAUAAAGUAUUUCUGAUUAAUAAGUCAUCUGGAAAAAUUCAUGUUUUCUGUAUCAGUAAGAAUGAGUGGUCUGAAUCGUAUCGGGUAAUGGAUGUUAAUCUUGUUUCUGAUAGCUCAAAGAUCCCUGUUAAAAAGUUGAUUACCUUCACUUCAGCCCUUUUACCGAUGAAAAAUAUCAAACCGUUGAACAAGCAAUGCUUUUAUCAAGCUGCACAUUUGCCAGCACCAUGUGAGAAUGUCAUUAAAGAAUAGCUGAUUUAAGCAUUUUCAAAGGUUCAUUUCGAUAUUAUUGUUAAUCAAUAAAUAAAGUUAAAAUCUCUUACUUCUUUGUUUCAUUUAACUGAACUCUUUGAUUCUAAAAAUCUUAUCUGUAAUAAAAAAGCCAACUCACUAUAACUA